GCUUUCAUAAGGUGAGAAAGAAAGGAAUGAUGUUUUGUUUUCUUAACAAGACGUGUGAUAGCGUCGGUUUGAGUAUAACACGAUUUCCUUCGCUGUUGCGGCGCAAUCAAGAAAUUUGGCGGAAGCCGAGCGGUCGCCGGUCCGCUCCGUCGCGUCGCCUUCCUCUAUCUCAGCGUUAUUCUGUAUAAAUCAUUGUAUCUUAUUUCUUUCUGUUAUUUUAAUCAAUCAUACUCCGGAAUCUUCGCCUUCUACUCCUGUAUUUUACUCUUAUGAAUGCUUCUUCCAUUUCUUUCAGCUUUGACUAUUAUCGCCUACCUUCUUUUAGAUGCAUUCUGAAGUCCUCUCGGCUCGCCAUUUCUGAUCCUUGAGCUGUUUUCGUUGUUAUUCUGACUGUUAAUUACUAAUGGCGAUGACUGCCUUCAAAUCUUCGUCAAGAAGAGGAGGUUCAACUUCGUCGACGUCUUCUUCGAGCAUUGGCGCGUCAACAUCUGGUAAAGAUAGCAAGCAGAGUGGUAAUUCUCCUAAGAAAUCCACUAUCCGUAGAUCACGAAGCGUGAGUGCUUUUUCCAGAUCUAGCACAGCGGAUGUUUCCGGAGAUUUUUCGAAUAGUAGAGAUAAUCCGCUCUUCUGGAGUAAUGGUUCCUCUUCACUGGAAGAAGCUCGUGCUGUUAACCUUGAAUCUGAUGGAAGUUCCACCAGAAUUAGUGUAGGAGGUCCGAAACGUGUGAGUUCUGGCGGUGUUGAGAAUACGAGGGGACGAUCAGUGUCGAGAAGCUCCGAUUCUGGGAGUAUAGCUUCAGGAAGCAGGAAAAUCGGUGGCCGAAGCUUGUCAAGAGUAGGCACUGAACGGCGGGAACGCUCGGCGUCUGUGACUCGAUAUCCCGUCUCAUCGCAGUCCUUUAACUCUGAGAGUGAGGCUGAGCGAGAUAGUCGUUAUAGUACGAAAUUCAAUAAUAGAAAGACUCCAGAUUCUGUGCUUCAUGCUCGGAGAGAGAGUGGCUUAGUUAGAACUAGAAGUAGUUCUUCAAAUGCUUUGCAGCAAACGAAAGGCCUGCGAGAUAGGUCUACUCAUCGUUCGUCCUUCGAUUCGUCGGAUAACUGCGAUGUAUCAGUGUCUUGUAGUUUUGAGGAUAGGCUGUCCACGGCGAGCUCUUUGUCUGAAGCUGAAGAGAAAACUAUAAGAGCUGUUUGCGAACAAAUGAUGUCGAUUAAUGGGGAUCGGUUGCAAGGACAUUCUAGUGGUGGCGACAUAUAUGAUAUUAUUCAAUAUGAAGUAAGACGUGCUGUCCAAGAUAUCCACAGCGACCUUCUCAAUGCUCCACAAAGCAGUUCUGAUGCUACAGGGAAUCCUGAUAUUGAUAUCCCUCCUGAAUUGGUGGAUUUGAGAACCGAGUAUAUGAAGAAGCUUGAGCAGUCACAUGAACGAGCUAAAAAACUUCGAGGGGACUUGGCAGUGGAGGAGAAUCGUGGAUUAGAGCUCAGUAGAAUUUUGCGGGAAGUAAUACCAUCACCUAAGACUUCUAUGAGACGAAAAGCUAGCAUUGAAAGAAGAAGGAUGUCAAAGCGUCUAACCGACGAUGCGUUGGCGUAUUUUGAUGAGUGUGUAUCGUUAUCAACAUUUGAUGGUUCUGAUUUCUCAUCACUGGAAGAGACACCUCCAAUUCACCAAGUUUCUUCCACUACCCAGGUGGAAGAUGGCACUACCCCCCAGGAACCAGCAAUUGGAACUUCAGCAGAGAUAGAGCAAUACAAUUUAGGGCACACAUCUUACAAAAACAGUAACCUAAGCAAACUUGGGGAAGGUAAAGCUCAAUUUUCCUUCACCAAGAAACCUCAUGAAAGCUACGGAUUCAAACACGACAUCGGGAAGUACAUUCAGAAAGAAGACACCACGGAAUCACGAGUAGUAAGUGUGAAGCAUUGCAAUAUUUUGAACGAUAAAAGUUUGAAAAACGGCACAGAGAGAGUGCUGUUGGAUCGAGUUGUUUUAAGAAACAGAAUAGAAUCGGGUAGUUUACUGCUAUGCGGUGUAAAUUCCGCACCUUUUUCCUCCUACUAUGCUUCUAUCAUCUGAUGUACUUAUCAGGGGUUUUGUUUCGUUGUGUUUAAAGAAAGCAUGAUUGGGUGGAAUUUUACGGUAUUUGGCUUCGUAAAGAUGUGUAAUAAAAAUUCUUUUACUAUAUUUGGUCAAA